AUGAGCUCUCUCAAGAUCGAAGACCUUAGCGGGAUCCAAGGAGACAUUCUUCUCAAUGGCUUCCCCAAGAAGGCCGAGGUGUUCUGCUUUUUCACCAUCAGAGCUGCGCAGGCAUUCUGUCAGAACAUACAAGCUGUAGCAAACUCAAAGAUUGCGACAGGGAAGGACAUCAAGGAUCUUCGUGAGCAGAUUAGCAAACUGCCCAAAGGUCAGAUCAUUGAUGUGGCGAAGACCAAUAUCGCCUUUACGUCCAGAGGCUUGACCAAGUUGAGCAAUGCUCAGUCCUCGCUGCAGAAAGGUCUUAACGGUCUGCAGAGCUCCGCGCCAUCUUUUGUUGGCGGUAUGCAGAACGAGAGUGAACGACAACAGCUGGGUGAUCCAGUAUUCAAUGGCUGGAACCUCAACCAAAAUGGUGGUGGCCCAAUCGACGGUGUCCUGCUCGUGGCCGGAAUCAACAUGAAGACAGUGGAGGCCGAAUUGCAGAAUGUGCUGAAGCAGCUAAAUGUCGGUGGCGAAGUUGUUGUUGAGUUGUUCAGGGAAGCUGGUGUUGAGAGAGCGAGUCAACCGGGUCAUGAGCACUUCGGUUUCAACGACGGCAUCUCCCACCCACAGGUCUUCGGCAUCAAUGACAGCCCUAGCUUGAACUUCCAAAUCGACGAUGUCGUUCAGUCAACGGACAACAGCAAUUUUGUCGACCCAGGUGUGAUAGUAGUCGGUAGACAUGGCGACGAGAAUAGCCCUAAGCCUCAGUGGAUGAACGACGGUAGCUUCCUGGUUUUCCGCAAACUGGAGCAGCACGUUGGCAAGUGGAACGACUUCGUUAUAAACCAGUGGAAAAAUGCAGGCUCAAAAGGUCCGGCUCAGUUCAGCGCCCAGCUUGUUGGUCGAUGGCAGAGUGGUUGUCCGAUUUUCCUAGAGGACCAGUUUGAUGACAGCAAGUUAGCUCUGAAGAACGACUUCGUAUACGGAGGUUUCACUGCGCAGGGCAAAUGCCCUCUGGCAGCGCACGUUCGCAAGGCCCACAUCCGUACUGGCUUCAAUACUUCUCGCAUUAUGCGCCGCGGCAUUCCAUAUGGAGAGGACUUCCUGCCUGGCAAACCAGAUGUUGGCCGAGGCCUACUGUUUGCUUGCUACCAGUCAACCAUCGAGGACGGAUACAGAUUUAUUCAGACUGCCUGGGCCAAUCAGCGAAGCUUCCCUUCGCAAGAUGCUGGUCUAGAUGUCACCAUCGGUCAGGGCAAGGCAACAGAUCCCCCGAGUCCGUUCCAGAUCGGCACCAAGUCUGUCAAUAUCAACCCCAUCAACGACUUCGUCACAGCCAAGGGAGGCGAGUACUUCUUUGCGCCUUCUAUGGCAGUCUUGAAGGCUGGGUUCAAUAUUGGUAAUUUCGGAGCCAGAUUGUGA